UUGCUUUUUUUCUACGACCUACUUGCUGUGAUACUUCAUCACAAACUCCAUGCAGUUUCAAAUUUAAUUAAGCAAAACAGUAGACAAGAAAAAAAGACUUCAAUGGCAUUCCCACUGGAACUUGCAUUCCAAUAUAACAUGCCUCAGAUCCAAGCGUUAGCUAUGGCAAAUAUUGCCAUGUCUUCUUUGAGCUUUCAACAACUUGUCAAGAUAGCCAUAUGUGAUGAAGAAAGCAAGUUGAACUUCAAAACCCACAAGCAGAGAUGGAGGUUGGCUUACAUGGCGAUAUACUUCAUCAGGGUUCUUGUUUCUUUGUACAGAAAAGAUGUUAACAAGAAUGGCCCUCUCUUGGGCACCCUCUCUCAUGUUGCCAUUGAAGUGCAGCCUGUAGAUAAGGACUCUCUGGGUGACAACUCCAUUUCAUUUCUCGAUGGUGAUCAGAAAAAGCUAAUAAGGGAGAGAGUUUCUGAGUCUUUGAGGCAGUGUGAGGUUGACCUUAUUCUCAGACAAAGUGUUUUUGAUGCCAAGCGGAGAUGGAGGUUGGCUUUCAGGGCCAUAUACUCUACCAGAGUUCUUGUUUCUUUGUCCAAGAAAGUUCUUGACAAGAAUGGCCCUCUCUUGCCUACCCUUUCUUUUGUUGCCAUUGAUGUCCAGCCUAUCCAUGAGGACUCUGCAAAUGCCAAACCUAUUUCGUUUCUAAAUGUUGAUCGGCAAAAGCUUGAUGACAUGGUAAGGGAUAAAAAUUCUGAGCUUUUAAAGCAGCUUGGAGGGGUAAAAGAACUUGUAUUACUUCUUGAAACUGAUGUAAAAGAUGGUAUAAAAGGUGAUGAAGCUGAUCUUAUUCUUAGGCAGAACGUUUUUACUACCAAUAGAUACCAAAAGCUACCUCCAAAAGGCUUUCCUAGCUUUGUGUUAUUUGAAGUAUUUGAAGAUAUAACUAUUUGUAUACUUUUGGUAUGUGCUAUACUCUCUCUCUUCUUUGGUAUCAAACAAAAAGGAUUCAAAGAUGGGUGGUAUGGUGGUGGCAGUAUCGUUGUUGAUAUUGUUUUAGUUGUUCUUGUGUCUGCAGUGAGUAAAUUUGAGCAAUCAAGACAAUUUGAGAAGCACUCAACAAAGUGUAGCGAUAUCAGAGUGGAAGUUGUGAGAGAUGAGAGGCACCAGCCUAUAUCAAUCUUUGAGGUUGUUGUGGGUGAUAUUGUGUGCUUGAAGAUUGGUGAUCAGAUUCCUGCAGAUGGAUUAUUCUUAGAAGGGUAUUCCUUGAAGGUGGAUGAGCCUAGUAUCACAGGUGAAAGCCAUCACAUUCAGAUUGAUGAAAGGAAUCCCUUUUUGUUAUCAGGCACAAAGGUGAUGGAUGGCUUUGGUUUCAUGGUUGUGACUUCUGUGGGGAUGAACACUGCAUGGGGUAAGUUGAUGAGUUCAACAAGCUCUGACUUUAAAGAGGAGAUGCAACUGCAAGCACGCCUCAGCAAAAUAACAUCUUAUACUGGGAAGGUUGGGUUGGUGGUGGCUGCGCUUGUUUUUGCUGCUUUGCUGAUUCAAUACUUCAAAGGGAACACUGCAAAUGACAGAAAGACUAAGUUUGUAGACGUAAUGAAUUCAAUGGUGGGAAUUGUCGCUGAUGCUGUCACUAUCAGCAUGGUGGCUACUCCGGAGGGCUCACCUGUGGCUGUUACUCUGGCUUAUUCUAUGAAGUGCUUGAUGGCGAAUAAUGUAUUGGUCAGAAAACUAUCUGCUUGCGAGACAUUGGGCUCAGUCACAACAGUCUGUACAAGCAAGACAGGCGUCCUUACUCUAAACGAAGUGAGAGUAACAGAGUUUUGGCUUGGAAAGGAAGAAGUGAAGAAAGCAGUGAAGGAUAACACUUCUUUGGAUAUAUCAGGCGAUCUUCUUAAACUACUGCAACAAGCUGUUGGUUUAAACACAGCUGGUACAGUUCACAAACCACAUUCUACAUCACUUCCUGAGAUUUUUGGUAGCCCAACUGAGAAAGCAAUACUUUCUUGGGCUGUGUUUGAUUUGGGUAUGAAUAUUGAAGAUGUAAAGCAGAAUUAUAAGAUAAUCCAUGUAGAGGCUUUCAGCUCAGAGAAAAUGAGAAGUGGGGUUUUGGUGGAGAGGAACAAUGAGAAGAAGAUUCACAUUCAUUGGAAGGGAGCUGCUGAAAUGAUAUUGGCCAUGUGUUCAACUUAUUAUGACAGAGCGGGGGUGCUGAAAAUAAUGGAUGAGGAAAAAGCACUGCAACUUGGGACUAUUAUUAAGAAUAUGGGACAAAAAUGCCUGCACUGCAUUGCCUUUGCCCACAAAGAAGUUGUAGAAGAAAGUGGACAGGUACUUGAGAAAUUAGAAGAAAAUGGACUAACACUAAUAGGGUUAGUUGGCUUGAAGGAUCUGUGUCAGCCAGGAAUCAGAACAGCUGUGGAAUAUUGCAUGACUGCUGGAGUGAAUGUCAAAAUGAUCACUGGUGACAAUAAGCAUACUGCAAGAGCUAUAGCUUUUGAUUGUGGGAUUCUCACUCCUGAAGACUAUUUGAACAAUGAAGCUGUAGUAGAAGGAGUACAAUUUAGAAAUUACUCACCUGAAGAGAGAAAGGGGAAGAUCGAUAAAAUACGUGUAAUGGCCAGAUCAUCCCCUUCUGACAAGCUUCUAAUGGUACAGUGCUUGAAGGAGAAAGGCCAUGUGGUUGCAGUUACAGGUGAUGGAACCAAUGAUGCACCUACUCUAAAGGAAGCAGACAUUGGACUUUGCAUGGGGAUCCAAGGAACAGAAGUAGCAAAAGAGAGCUCAGAUAUAGUCAUUUUAGAUGACAAUUUUACUUCUGUGGUGACAGUGUUGAGGUGGGGAAGGUGUAUACAUAGCAACAUUCAAAAGUUCCUUCAGUUUCAGCUCACGUUAAGCAUCACUGCCCUUGUUGUCAACUUUGUUGUAGUUGUUUCUUCUGGUAAGGUCCCACUGGCUGCAGUGCACACAUUGGGAGCUUUAGCUUUGGUUACUGAGAAACCAAUUGAAGAUCACAUGAAAAAGCAACCUGUUGGUCAAUCAGAACCUCUUAUAACCAAAAUCAUGUGGAGGAAUCUCAUUGCUCAGGCCUUGUAUCAGGUAACAAUCUUAUUGGUUCUACAAUUUAAGAGAGGAUCCAUCUUUGGUUUGGAUGAGAAGGUUAAGAGUACCUUCAUUUUCAAUACUUUUGUCCUCUGCCAAGUCUUCAAUGAAUUUAAUGCAAGGAAACUGGAGGAGAAGAAGAUAUUUGAAGGGUUACUUAAGAACAAACUGUUUUUAGCAGUCAUUGGGUUAACCAUAGUUCAUCAAUUGGUGAUGGUGGAGUUUUUGAAGAGGUAUGCUAAUACUGAGAGAUUGGAUUGGGGGCAAUGGGGUGCUUGCAUUUUACUCGCAGCAUUUUCAUGGCCAAUUUCUUGGCUUGUAAAGUGCAUUCCAGUUUCAGGCAAACAGUUGGCAAACCAAAGAGAUUCUGCAUCUUGAAAGACUGGCCAAGAUCAGCUCUUGCCAGAAAAAAAAUUGUAUUUUCCUUUCUCUGAUGGAACUGAAAGGAAAGUUUGGUACUUUAUGAUUCAGCUUUCAUCUCUGUAAUGAAUCUCUCUCUAUUCAAGUUUAUGUAAGUAUUUAAUCCAAUUACUAGCUUUUACUUCUCCAUAUCAUGAAUGGAAUUUUCUUGAAUAGAAUAUAAAAGAAAAUAGAUUACAAAUUUGUCUAUGGUGCUUUGCUAUUGUUUUCCUUUUCGUAUUUGUGGAGUUCUCAACUUGAGAUACAGUAACUGCUUUAGAUGCAACCAGCAACUGCCUUUUGGAAGAAAGAACAACAGAAAAUUCAAUAACCAAGAUUGCUAGAUAAGAACUACCUAGUACUUUUUUUUGCAUCUAUAGACUUUCACAUAUAAGGUCUCCCAAAGUAGGACAAUAUUUUGAUGCAACCUAUUUUACCACAUAAAGGUAUAUAAACAGCCCUAGUAUGUGUCUCUGAGGAGAAAUGGACCCUGGUGUGCAUUGUUCUACAAGGGGAAAGGGAAGUGAUGAACUACAUUCUCUAAGAAGACAAUUCAAGAUGCAGAUUCAUGAAGUUUGGCAUUGUUCAUAUUAAGUACCAUUUAUACUCCUUAGUCAUACUGCCAAAAGAUGCAGGGUAAACAUUUCAAAGACUGGGAACACCCCUACAAAUAGGUCACAUCUUUUGUAAUUUACUUCCUCCAGAGACAUUGACAUAUUACCAUGGAAGAUCCAAAAUUGCUCUUAUUCACAUAAUAUUUGACAGGCAUAUCCUAAGAAAGGAUCUUUUCCAGCUGAAGCAGUGACAAAGUACCUGCCAUUGACAAGACCCUAGGAAAUAGGAGUUCAUUUGGAAAAGGAAUCAGAGGAAUUUUAUCCUUGAUUUAUUCUUCAAAACAGGAUGGUGUCAGAUUCUUCAUACCAAGCAUAAAGAGGAAGAGAUAGAAACCGAUGCUAUAUAUGAUCCCCAACACCCUGCUCAAAAUUCUGGGCACUUUAAACCUUAUGAUAGAUUACUCUUUUAAAUGAUGCCAGUAAAACAAACAGAAUAGAAAAGAAGAAUUGAAUCCGCUUACUCUUUUAAAUGUUACAUAAAAAUUUAAGACAAUUUAUUAUUAGUUGGUCAAAAUAUUAUAUAAAAUGUAUGCCUAUCCAUUUUUAUUAUCAUUUUCCUUCUUUGGCUGAAAUAAAAAACCAGUCAGACACAUGGUACUGAUAUUACAAUUUAAAAAAAAAAGUAUAAAACCAGAUUUAUAUGCAUAAGAAGACUAUUAUGGUAAUAUGAUUUUAUAAAAUGACCAAAAGAGAAGAUAAAAUAGAACAGUUAAAGAACGACAGAGAAGAGGUGAAGAUGGUCGAUGACUGGAUGUAACUUUUAUGUUUGAAACUGCCAAUCUACUAUGCUUAAUUAAUCUCUAUUUUGAAGCUCAACAUAGUGAGAACCCAGAAUAUUGCCUAAAUAUUCUACAUCUACUUGUCUAGAAAUUUGAAAGGACAUUAUUUAAGUACUUCUGACCUUCGAGUGAUUUUAUGGCUACUAUGAUAGUGGCUUAUUCAAAAUUCUAAAAUCUGAGAAAGCCUGACUAGCUUUCCCAAAGUAAAGAUUGAUUUCAUCUUCUUUUUGCUUGGUUCUGUCAUCAUUUUCCCAUUUAUUUUAUAUGUAUUUGGUAUUUAGAUUCCAAAUAUAAAUUGCUUUCAUAUUUUUUAGCUGUAUCAUAACAGAUUAUUACCAUAUAAAAACAGAAGCAGCAGGUUUAAACCAUAAGAAAUCGUUUCAUAAUUAUAUCAUUCUUUCAAGUCCAUACCACUGCAGGUUGAAGAAAAGGCUACAUCUGUGUGUGGUUCCAGAAUAAAAAAUAGGUUAAAAAAAUUAGGAAAACAAGAAAAUAAUUGGCAAUAAAAUUAUACCAUUUGAAUAGAGAAGUAAAUUUUGAAUUGGACAUUCCUGUAAUAAUUUGCAAAGUUUUUUGAAAUGAGAUCAAAGAAUUAUAGGAGUUUGAAGAUAUCAUCUAUUGCACUGAAAGAGUCUAGUUAAUUUUUGGCAUGCUCAUUCUUGCCAUUAUAAUGGAAAAUAAUGCCAACUUAACACAAAAUUUAUGGUAGAUACCAUCACUUUCAUCUGAAUAUCAGUCUUCCAAGGUCACACACACACACCAUACAUUUUAUGUCAUUUCAGCAUUCCAAUGUCCUUAAAAUAUGCAAAAACUCAUAAAUGCUGAGCCAAAGUGCCAGUCUAUAAUUUCUGGAGAAGCUUAGUCAUGCUUUUAUUUGUUUUUAGAAGUGGCAGAUUCAGAAAAUGUAAUUUUAAAAUGCAAUACAUGUACAUAUCCUAACACCUCAAAAACCCAAAAAAGAAAGACCAACAAAUAAUAUUUAUGACCAGCCUUAAUCUCAUUCAGCUUGGCGCUAGUAUCUGCUAUCUCUGACUAGGAAACUUUAGGUAAAGAAACCGCAGCCUUAAGAACUAGUUGUCAUCAUGCCUUAAAAUUACUCUCUGGUUUUGUAGGCACAACAUCAUAUGAACCAAAGUACAAGAAUUCAAGUAAAAUUUUCUUAAAUAUAGUAAUCAUAAUUCAUAACUAACCAUUAAAGCUCCAUAAAAGCACGAGUUGUCAUAUAGGGAGCUUCAUUUAGAGCGUCCCUCCCAGCUUUGCUCUGCAUCUACUUCUUAUCCUUGAGUUUUUCAUCAUGUAGCUUUGCUUCUGCACCUUCUAGUUAUCCUUGAAUUUUUCUUCAUGUUCUGCAGCCAGCACUUCCUCAAACUUGCCCUUUGGUUAUGUACUUGUGAUGAAUUCACGCACUGAAAAAGCAAUUUAACCAACUGGUCAUUCAAAUUUGACGAGUUCAUAUAAGCACCAAAUGCAAGAUUUUUCCGAGAAUACAAUUGAAGGUGUCAAUACACUUUCUGAUACAAAGGAGCCUCAUCUUCACGUUUGAAAGAGGAAGAUGAGACUCCUUUGAAGGUAAGAAAAGCCAUAAAGAUUAAUAAGCAGACGAGUGAAAGCACAUUGAA